AUGGACCCCGGCGACAGCCGUGGUAUUCACCCGGACGAGGAACUCUUCCUCAACUCCAACAGACCAAACCCCAACCAGGCACACACACAGACACACGGACAGGGACAGGUUGAACCACUCCGAAUCAAUAAAAGAGACUCAACCUCCCCCGCCUCUGCCUCUGCUUCCAGUCCUCCCCCCGCACAAGCACCACUCCCAUACCCCGAUGACCGUCCUCGUCCGCAAAUGCGCAGCUCGAGUUCCAAUGAUGCCCGUUCAUCCCCAGCCCUCGACAAUAGCAAUAGAUAUGACCAUAGAUAUGCCUCUCCGCCACCGGCUGGUCCCGGUUCGGGCUCCGUGAGCCCCGCAGAUUAUCCCCCAGCUUUACGUCCUCGCGAUGGUCGAGAACCGAGAAUUGCUACCCUCGCUGAACGAAGAGGUGCCCAGCCUCAACCUCUACCUGAAUCACCCAUCACCGGGCCAGAUAGAGAUGCGCUCGCUGCGAGAACGUACCCUCGUCCUCCCGUGGCUCAGUCUGAUGGUCUCCCAGUGAACCAGAACCAGAACCAGAAUCAGCCAUAUGACUACCGUCAACAAUACUACCCACCCCCGCAAAGCUCCACACCCAGACCAUCCUCAAGUCUCCAACCACCCCAGCACUCCGGCAGCGGUGGUGGCGGUGGUAGUGGUGGGGGUAUAAACCGCAUCAGCUCAACAGCAUCAACAUCAACAACCCGCGCCCAACGAGGCUCACCCCCACCACCGGAAACUCCUGUCGUGGGCCCCGGCCAGCCGGGCUCGGACUCGGAUAUCGAGUCUCGUUUUGCUGCGGCUGGUAUUGCGGGGACAUCGACUUUGUCGGGGAUUCAGUCACAGUCGCAUAACCAGAAUGCUGCGGCUCGGCGUCGUGCUGAUCAGUAUGUUGGUCAACAGCCUACUCUUCACCAGGUGCAGGAUCAGGCUCAGGGUCCGGCGAGACCUUGGACGCCGACUGAACAGCCUGGUUCGCAGCCUCAUGGGCCUCCGACUGUUUAUCAGGGGGAUGAGGUUGUUAGUGGUGGGCAGGGUCAGGCGCAGGGUCAGGGCCAGGGCCAGGCGCAGGCGCAUCCGAGUCAGUAUGGGAGUCCGCCUCCAGGUACACACCCGAGUCAGUUUGGAAGUCCACCACCGCAGGUUCACCCGGGACAAUAUGGGAGCCCGCCGCCGGGUACACACCCGAGUCAGUUCGGAAGUCCACCACCGCAGGUUCACCCGGGACAAUAUGGGAGUCCGCCGCCGGGUACACACCCAAGUCAGUAUGGGACUCCACCACCGCAGGCUCACCCGAGUCAGUAUGGAAGCCCGCCUCCUCAGGCUCAGGCUCAAGCUGUGCCGCAGCAACAGCAACAGCCACCUAGGACAAAUGCCUUGGAGCAUGAUAUGGAUCGCAUGCGCAUUAGCGAGGAACCUCCUCCAGCUUACUCGAGUGUUUCUGGAGGCGCGUCAAAUGGGUAUCCAAAUGAAAAACCAGGCGCUGCGGGGGCAGGUGCUGCCGCAGCUGGACACCCAGCAACAGCUAAUCAACCCCAUCCAUCUACCAUUGGAGCUGCUGCCGCCGUCACUGCAGCAGCAGCUGUAGGUACGUCUGCAUCUCCCGCGCCAUCUGCUUCAACACAGGACCAUCCCGCCUUCGCCAAUGAUCCCAGGCAGCAGCAGAACAUGGGUCAGUCACCGCACAAUUCCGCUCCCAAUGGCCAGGGCCAGGGUCAGGGCCACUCUGCGUAUUCACAAGCAACCGUGGCACAAGUUGCCUCCCCUGCUCCGAGCGGCCUUCCUCCAGCUUCUCCUCCACCACUGCCAGAGGGCUGGAUUGCGCAUAUGGAUCCAAACUCAGGCCAGUAUUACUACAUCCAUCUUCCAACCCAGUCCACCCAGUGGGAAUUCCCGAAGGGUCCUACGCCAUUGAACCUCAAUGAGACCCCGCUAUCGCCCGUAGGCAGCGUGUAUAGCAGUCACCCUCUGACUUCCCCGGGUCUAUCGGCAUUUGGAAAGCCGCUAGCUUCCCCCGGUGCACCCAUGACGCCCGGAUUCGAGAGCCUCCAGUCUCCAAUGACGGGAUUCUCAGGUCCACCUCCGAGCAGCGGGAUGGAUCUGUAUAAAACUGCGCCUACAAACGGUGUCUACUUUGGCCCCUAUCUCCGCUACACGAACAUGGACCUCGAGCGUGGAUUAUGGCUGGGCUCUAUCCUCCUCGUCACAGACGCAGCCCAACCACCCACAAUCCACUGCCACCAAAGUGUCGACCUUUCCCCGAACCCAAAACAACUGAAAGCAAUCAACAUCGCAGCCCACCAACGCUGGACCUUCUACAAAUACGAAAUUGAAAUCCAAAUGGAUGACGCCGGCCCAGCAAAAUGGACAUACGCCAUAACUUCCCACCUUGGCUGUACGCGCUACGAGUUCCUUGUCGCAGGCCGACACGAAACGAACUGGCGCUUCAUUUCCACCUCAGGCAACGAUUUCUCGCUGAACGUUAAUGCGAAUGAGCGUGCGAGACUGGGUGGUGUGGGCUUUAUGUGGAAGGAUAUCAUGACAAAGCAUAAUGAAAUCGGAGGGUUUCAUGCGCAACUUUGUCUGGGUGGACAGAUUUAUGCGGAUCGCAUGUGGAAGGAGAUUCCUUGUCUUAAGCAGUGGUUGACGAUUAGUGGGAAAGAGGCGAGGAAGAAUGCGCCUUGGACAGCGGCGAAUCAGCAAGAUGUUUCGCAUGCUUAUUUCCAUUAUUAUACAAGUCAUUUUGAUCAGCCGUAUCUGCGGGAGAGCUUUGCGCAGAUUCCUUAUGUUUGUCAGAUUGAUGAUCAUGAUAUAUUCGAUGGCUUCGGCUCCUACCCCGAACACAUGCAAUUCUCAAAUAUGUUCAAAAACAUCGGCCGCGUAGGAAUCGAAAUGUACCUCCUCUUCCAACACCACACAACCCUCGACAUCCUCCGCAACGUAAACAACGACAUCGACCUAUUCACCAUAACAGGCACAGGCUGGCAUUUCGUCAAAUACCUCGGCCCCGGCGUCGUCGUCGUCGGACCAGACUGUCGCUCCGAGCGAAACCCCCACCAAGUCAUGGCAGGACCAACCUACCAAGGCCUCUUCCCAAAAAUAGCAAUGCUCCCACCAAGCGUACAACACUGUCUGUGGAUGAUCUCAAUGCCACUGAUCUACCCACGCCUCGAAACAGCAGAACACAUCGCUCAAACAGUGACAACAGGCAAACGCGCCGUAACGGGAACAUACAACCUCCUCGGCAAAGUAACAAGUUCCGUCGCGGGUGUCGUGGGCGCGAAAGAUUUCGUCGGAUCAGGAUUCGACUCUGUCAAACGUGCCGUCGGAAAGAGCGGUCUAAUGGGCGGAAUACUAUCCCCAUUCGGCGAAUUCGAUCUAAUGGACGAACUUCGCGACCAAUGGACACACGAAUCAAAAGAUCUAGAGAGAACAUACCUAAUCCGCACCCUCCAAGGAAUCGCCCACCAAAAAUCUCUCCGAAUGACAUUCCUCUCCGGAUCAGUAAAUGUCUGUGGCGCAGGUCUAGUCCACGAUCCAGCCCAACCAUCCGAUCACAAAACAAUGUAUCAACUCAUCGCCAGUCCAGUCGUGAACACCCCGCCACCGUCCUACGUGAUAAAACUCCUCCACAGCCACGGCAAACCUCUCUACGUGCCAGCGAAUGGACACCGCUCCUCGGCUGCGCCGACGGAUACGAAGGAGGAUAUGAUGGAAAUCUUUCAAACGGAUGUUAAUGGGCAAGCGAGGGAGUAUAAGAAACUUAUGGGGAGGAGGAAUUAUGUUGCGAUUGUUGCUUAUGAUCCGGAUUCGGCGCAGGGGCUGGGACAGCAGGGGUUUCAGCAGCAGCAGCAGCAUCUUGUUCCGGGGGGGAAGUUGAGUCUUGCGGCGGAUUUUAUGGUUCAGGGGGAUGGGGCUUAUGCUAGUGUUGUUAAGUUUGGACCGGUUAUUGUGCCUAGUUUGGAGCAUGGGAAGUAG